CGGCGGUUGGGUUUACACAACAUUGUGGUAGAAUCAAUAAUUUUGUUUGUUGAUUCGAAAUCUAAACCCUUGUUCAAUUUAAUUGCAAGAACUCUCGCCUCAAACAAGCAAUGGUCGGUAAAAAGAGAGGUGUGCCUCUGGCUUCUCAUACGCGUGCAGUCGAGGGAGCACGAAGACUAUUUCCAGGAAGCCCUUGUUUUCUGUAUGGUUGAAGAAGUAUCAUCUUGUAUAGCCCUGUUACGUUUGUUUGCCCGUCGAAAUCCAAAACUUGAUCAAGAAGAAGACUCUCACUGGUAAACUGAUGAUUGGUUGGACUAAUCGGACUGAGCUCGAGACUACAUACAAGGCCAACAAAGGCAAGCAAUAUUUUUCGAUCAGGCCUUUGGUGGACUAUAAGAAGUUCAAAUUGGGGGUCGGGGACGGACUUGUGUUUGUGAUGCAGGAUCUUAACGAGAAUCGGCUGCUUUUAAAAGUUUGCGGUAUAGAAAAUGUGAAGCGAAAGAGUCAAGGCCCAUUCUGCGAGUGUUGGGCACAUUCUGGAAAAGGGCAUUCGGAAGAGAGGAAAUACUGAGUUUCCGGCGAAGGUACUUUUGGUGUGAAGGUGAAAGAAGAACCAGGGUCCUACUCCUACUGGCUGAGAUAUAGCCGUGAUGUCAGUGUCGUCGGCCGCCAUGAAGACAACCCCAUCAUCCUAGAUUGAAGUUAUGUUAAUUAAUCUGUAUGAGAAUAUGAAGUUUCUCAAAAGCAUUAGACAACUAAGAAGAAGCGUGUUCGCUAAUUGCAUGUUGGCAUGGGCGGCAUUGGAAAUACGACUAUCCAGAUGACGGAGUGAAAAAACGUCCUUGUGAGAUAUGGAGGAUAUUGGAAUGAUGUCUUAUAUUGUGGUGGAGGUGCUACAUUUGCUUAUGUUCAGACAAAUAACAUAAGCAUUUCGGAGUUAAGGCAAAAUAUCAAUUACUACUUGAUGGCAAAUUUAUUGAGUACCGUCUAGAAUUUAUACUAUCUAUCGAGAUCUCGAAGUGGCAGGAUCAUCCGAUCUCUUUUAAGUACUGAUGACCAACUUUCUCGACUUUGUGCUUUUGAGGUCGAGCCAGAGGUUUAUGUGACUCAUGAUGGUGGCACUUCCCAAUCGGAGCAAGAAGUUUAUCAACCUUCGAUCGAGAUACCGUAUGCAUCUACUUAUGAGCACCCUCUUCAGCCCACUUCAUUCGAGGAGCCCAUCUCAAACCACAUGAGAGGUUUUGAUUGGUUUGCUGAUAAUAAUGAUGAUGAAGAGUAUGUUCCAUCAACAGAGUCUGAUGAUGAAGAGGAUGAGAAUGAUGAAGAAGUAAAGGAGCGUGAGUCUGUCCGAGUUGAUUAUGGCACAUUUGUUGAGCAUAUUGCUUGGAUUCGUCUGGAGGGAGGAAUCGGGCAGCUUAUGUCCAUGAUAAUGCAGACAAACCCGCGAGGGCUUGAAGAAGAGUUGGGACCCGAACAAACUGCGGAAAUGAGCAAUUAGCUAGUUCCGGUGGUUCCGAAGGAUUUUUCAGUCAAUUUAUUUACAGGUAAACUUGACAACAUACCAGAUCCCGACGGCUUGAGCGAAGGUUCUAUCUUCGAAAGCAAAGAGGAGCUGAAAUUAGCGGUGGGGUUGUGGCAUUUGCAACGUCGUGCAAAAUUUGUCAUUCCUCGAUCGGACUUGGAUAGGAUUACGUUCAAAUGCAGAUAUCGGACUCAAUGCCCAUUUCUGUUGCAAGCUACUCAGCAUGGUGACUUUUGGAUGGUUCGAAAGUUUGGGCCUGCCCAUACAUGCACUGACAACCUCGUAAAUACUGGAGUGAGGAAGGUACCAGCUCGUGUAAUCGCAGCAUAUAUAGCAAAGAAAAUGCGCGAGGAUGGGGACAUAGUGCAGCCGAGGUCCAUUGUUGUUGAUCUGCAGAGAGAAUACGAUGUUCAAACCAGUUAUAAUGUGGCGAUCUGAGCCCGUAAUAUGGCGGUAGAGAUGAUAUACGGCGGACACGAAGAAUCUUAUGGAUUGUUACCAGGCUAUCUUCACAUGUUGCGGAUGUGCAAUCCGGGAUCGUUGACCGACUUGGAAGUUGAUGAGAAUGAUCGGUUGAAGCAUCUCUUCGUAGCACUUGGUUCUUGCAGAGUCGCGUACACUAUGUGCAUGAGGCCAAUAAUUGUUGUUGACGGCACACACUUGAAGGGCCGCAAUAAAGGUGUUUUGUUUGUUGCCGUCACAAAGGACGGCAACGAACAAAUGUUUCCGAUGGCUUUUGGGAUUGGUCCAAUCGAGAAUGAUGAAUCGUGGAAGUGGUUUUUGUAUCAGUUGAAGAUGGCUUAUGGUCAGAAUUCUGAGACGUUGAUUGUUUCCGAUGCCCAUAUUAGUAUACAGAAUGUGGUUAAGGAAGUUUAUCCACACGCUGCACACGGCUUAUGCUACUACCAUUUGUUGAAUAAAAUUACUCGGUAUGGCAAGGCAGCCGUUGCUUUCUACCAAAAGGCGGCUUAUGCAUAUCGAGAGAGUGAUUUUGACAAGGCAAUGGCAAGCUUAAAGGCAUUAAACAAAGACGGGGGAGCAUAUACCAAACUUAUGCAGGUUGCUCCUGAGAGAUGGGCUAGAUCUAAGUGUCCUGCUCGUCGUUAUAGUUUUCUAACCUCAAAUGUUGCUGAAUCUUUCAAUUCUCGAUUACUGUGGGCAAGACGUCUACCUAUAUGCUCUAUGGUUGAGGCGAUCUGUCAUAUCAUAGAAAAAUGGUUUGAUGAAAGACAGGAAGCUGCAAAGACGUUUUCUGCAGAUGUUACACCAGAGGCUCUACGAAAGCUGACUGCUGAAUUGGAGAGGUCGCGGAGAUAUGAGGUGGUUGCCAUGUCUCCAUCUACUUUCAAAGUAAAAUAUUCAAACAUGUCAUUCAAAGUGAAUGUACAAACGCAGUCAUGUACGUGCUUCGAAUGGGACAUGAACCUGCUACCGUGCUCGCAUGCUGUUGCAGCUAUAAGGCAUUUAGGCGAUGACUUAUAUAAGCAUGUUGGAGACUAUUAUCAAUCAGCAAAGCUACGAGAGGCAUACUCGUAUCGGGUAAACUCUGUCCCGCCACAUGCUUCAUGGAUAGUCCCUACAGAUGUUGCAAGUAUUUAUGUUUUACCUCCACUAUGGAAGCGAUAGUCUGGUCGGCCAAAAGAAACGCGACAUUAGGGACCCACUGAGAAAGGUUCACAAAAGCAUAAGACGACACCAGGCAAUGCGGCAUCCACAAGCAAAUC